AUCCUUUUGUGCACACUCCUUGCUUUGGCAUGGAGGCAAGCAGAUCAGAAAUUUCUGCAGCUGAUGAGAGUGAGGAAGUAACUUAUGCUUCUGUCAAAUUCUCUCAGACACCUCCUCCAAGGCCCAAAGCUCCACAGGGGAAAAGAGGUGAGGAAAGAUGGACCAGCUCCCCGUCUGUGGUCAGCAGUUCUGAAGGGCUUGGCAAUAGGCUUUGGCACACUGAGCAUCUCCCUGGCAAUUGCUUUGAUUUGGAAGAUGAGUGACAGCCACCCACACUGCCCUCAACAGUGGGUGGCCUACAGAGAGAGCUGCUACUCCUUCUCCACGGAGAAGAAGGACUGGAAUUCCAGCCAGGAAUCCUGCAGGGCACAGGGAGCUCACCUCCUGGUGAUCAGUGAUACCUUGGAGAUGGAUCUGUUCAAGCGUAUUCGAGUAGAAUGUUUCUGGAUUGGACUGAGGAACAGUACAAGCUUUGGAUGGAUUUGGGAGGAUGGCUCUGUAUUAAGUGAUGCCAGGGUCCACUCCAACAGCCCCGUGCAAAAUUGUGCUGUCCUGAUAAAAGAUCAGAUUUGUGCCUCCAGCUGUGAAGUUCCGGCUCUGUGGAUCUGUGAGAAAACGCUUAGAUAAAUCCCAUGUGCUUUUUCAUCCCACAAUGACCUCAAAAGUGGUAUGAGUUGAUCAUUGUCCUGCAAACUGAAGAGAGCAAGGACUUGCCUUUUCCAUACCCUCACUAAAGUGUUUUACAAGGACAGGUUUGUUGUCCAUAAGGGUGAGUUAUUCUCAGCAAUAGAUUUAUUCUCAGUCCACAAGUGUUGGAUUACUGCUCUUUGUGACCAGAUGAGACCUCAGACAUAUUCCCUGGUCUACUCUUUCCCUUAUUAUCCUAUAAAAGCAAAUAAAAGCUUUGUCACAACAGGUGUCUUCAGACCUCUGAGGGGGACCUAGUCAUUUUCCCUCACUUCUAAGUAUCAGAUUUCAUUUCCAUUCCCUGCAACUCUAUUGUCUGAUAUCAGAAGGACCAGGAAAAGGAGGCCUACUGUUCAUUGACUGAAACAUAUAAACAUAUUUCUCCUAGUGGCAGCUUCUCCUUUUGCAUGACAGUGGUAUGAGUGGGAGAGAAGAAGGUGAAAUGAAACUGCAGCUUCUGUAAAUCCAGCAGUGAAAAUAAAUCUCA